CGACAGGUUUUUGCGCGAAGGUACAGAUGUUGGCGGUCUGACUCUGAACAGAGGCGAAGAAGAAGAAGGAGGAAGGCUACUCUUCACGCUGAGGCACUUGACGUGGUAUAAACGAGGCAACAUCUCUGCUGAAAUGGAAAGCUGUGGAGAAAUCCAAGUGAAGGAGCUGAACAAGCGGGCUUCUGGUCAGGCAUUUGAGGUCAUCCUGAGCCCCACAUCUCCAGAUGCCAAGAGCGAAUUUCCUUUGUCCCCUCUUAAGAAAAAGGAAACAUCAUUGGAUGAAAUUAAGAGGAAGCUGGAGGCUGCAGAGGAGAGACGCAAGAGCCAGCAGGCUGAAGUGCUGAAACACUUAGCUGAGAAACGAGAGCACGAGAAAGAGGUCAUCCAGAAGGCCAUAGAGGAAGACUCCAACUUCAGCAAGAUGUCACAAGAGAAACUCAAUCAAAAGAUGGAGGCUAACAAAGAGAACCGCAAUGCACGGAUGGCGGCUCUCGAAGAGAAAUUCAAGGAAAAGGACAAGAAGCUUGAAGAAGUGAAGAAGAACAAGGAGGCGAUGAAAGUGGAGAAUUAAUUUGUUUGCUGGAAAACAGUUUUCACAUUUCCAAAGAUAAGCUUUAUUUUUCUAACUGACACUUUCAUGGUUGCUUGUGUUAGUUCUGAUUAUGCUGUUAAAAGCUGGUUAUACGAUGUUAGAUUAGGUGCGGGUAUAGUCUGACUUAACUUUGCUGGUAGAUUUCUUAUUGGCAGCUGAUUAGACCAGUUAUUUUUGGUACAAAUUAUAUUUUUUCAUUAAGAGGCAUUCCACUGUUACAAACUGGUCCUAAUACUUUAUACUGUUUAAAUGCUUCAUACAAUAGUGCUCUGUACUAUUGAUAAUGUUGCAUGUUUGAAUAUACUGUACAAUGUCACGUUCAGCCAUUAAAGUCUGUAAACAAUGCCA